GUGAUUUAGCCGGGGCUACACCCAAGCGCUUGUCUAGCCGCAGCUGCAUUCUCUCUUGGUUUGCAAGACCAGAAGAAAACCUGGACUUGACGUAACUGGGUGCUAUUUUUCUGCUUGCUGGAAGCCAUUAAACCACGGACAACUGUCGUAUUCUCCUGCGACCCUCGUGGUUCGAGAAGCGUCUGUGAACUUAUUUUUUUAUGUUAGACUCCCCCAGAAAACAUGUCCUGGCAAAACUACGUGGAGAACCUGAUGGCCGAUGGCUCCUGCCAGGACGCGGCCAUUGUUGGCCACGGUGAGCCCAAAUACGUCUGGGCAUCGCACCCCGGUGGCCCGUUUGCUGGCGUGACGGCCACUGAAAUUGAAGCGAUAAUGUGUACUGACCGCAAUGGCUUGUUGACCAAUGGGCUAACCUUAGGCAGUAAGAAGUGCUCUGUAAUCAGAGAUCAACUCCAAGGUGAUGACGGGACAAUGGACAUUCGGACAAAGACUCAAGGAGGAGAGCCCACGUACAAUGUUUCUGUAGGCAGAGCUGCCAAAGUGUUGGUUAUGGUCAUGGGGAAGGAAGGUAUCCACGGAGGGACGCUCAACAAGAAAACAUAUACCAUGACUGAGUACCUGAAGCAGUCUGGAUACUAAAGCAUCCCGUGCCCAGCCACCUAUCAACUCUGCUUCUCCCACCAACCACCCGCCCUGUUGCAUUUCACACCUCCCACCUCCCAUCCUAGUUAGUAGUUACAUUGUUUUUCUUUUUCUGCCUUCUCUCUGUUCCCACCCACCUGCCCCCACCCCACUUUUUUUUUUCUUAAGUUGAUUCAUAGCAAAAAAGUCACAUCAAAUCUACUCCAGCGAGACCAGCAAAAGGAAAGCCAAACACUUUUUGAAAAGCUCUUUGAAUCGGCGCCAGUCAACGUUAACUUGUCGAUGCCUUCUGAGCUCUUCCCUUAAGCUCACGGCGUCUUCCCCCCUCCCCCAACGCUAACGUUUUGGAGGGGAGACUUGCACGUGCAUAUCUCUGUCCACCGUCUCGCUCGUCUGCCCCAUUUUCUUGUUUUUUGUUUUUGUUUUUUGCUUCCCGUUGACAAAAAACACGACUUGGAACCUCACAGAUGACUGGUAAAUACAUCCUUGUCAAGGGGUAGUAGUUAUUGGGGGGGACGAGUGUAUGUAUGGACCAGCCCGGUUAACGAUCAUGAAGCAGAUUUGUGAGCGUUGCCGCUGGUAGCAUCUCCUCCAACCCCCCACACCACGACUCCACCUGUCCACCCACAGCAACGGACAUUCCACGGUUACUGGCUCAGGCACUUGAUACCGUUUUUGUUUUGCCAGCUCCUGUAAUAUAAAUAUCGUUUCUGAAAGGUUGCCAUUGAAGUCCCAGCUUUUUUUUUUUUUUUUUUUUAAACUAGGACCAAGUGUAGUCGUAAAAGCUCGGGUGUUGAUCCAACACGCCAAGCAGAUUCUAAUCUUCCUGUUGCUGCAGGGGAGGUGAGCGGGGAAGUAGUCUCCAUUUUUCAUGUUUUUCUUUGAUUUCCUACAUUCAGCUACACUGCAUUUGAACAAAUCUCGCCGUGUCGACAACUGAAACUGUGGAAUAAAUUGCCUUCUUUCUGUCACUGUGCGCUGAGCCUUGACUCAGUUAGCGCCAACUGUAACGUCCAACUGCUAAAGUCCAAGCGACACUCAUUGGGAGAUGGGAUUGGUUGGAAGCAAUGUAUCCUGUGCCAUAAUGUUAGCAGUCUUGUUGAUUACCCACUAUGAGCUAGUCAUUUCAUUUGCCUCCCCUCCCUCCCCUCCCCUCCCCCCAACACACGUUUUUGUUGAAUAAAGCUUCAGCUCCACUCUGUAGGCCUUGAGACGUGUGUACUCCUCAAAUUUGUUUCAAAGUCCUGUUUUGCUGAUUAUGUUCUCACUUUCUUUUUCUUGUAUCUGGGAUAGUUUGUCAGUGCAUACAAGCAACAAUGCCAUAAAUUGAUUUAUCACCUUGUUUACAGACAGAUCAAAAUAAAUUUAUUCCAACCAGA